AUGACUAUGAGAACCGCUUCCCGGCCGUCCUCCUCGCAUCUUACUGCUUCUAAGCUUCCUGUGAAGAGCCGCAGUGCUGACCAGAGGCACAAUGCUGACCAGAGGCACAGUGCUGACCAGAGGCACAGUGCUGACCAGAGGCACAGUGCUGACCAGAGGCACAGUGCUGACCAGAGGCACAGUGCUGACCAGAGGCACAGUGCUGACCAGAGGCACAGUGCAAACCAACCAGCCGUGUACGCGCGCGUCCCUCCUACCGUUCCUCCCGUCCCCCGGGACCCCUUCUCCCUGACCUCCCCCUUCACCUUCGUCUGCCGCGCCUCCAAAUACCUGUCCGCCGAUCGCGGGUUGGCAAGACGGCGCCGCGGGAAGAACGCAGAUCCCCUUCGAGUCGACUCGGAGUCGCUGUGGGAGAAGCGGAAGGUGGUCGUAUUGACCCUAGACGGCAGCCUUUCCAGUGCUAAGGUGCGGAGUCUGACCAACCAUUCUGAGUCUGAUUCGGAGUCGGAUACGUCAUCCCAGCCGCCGUUGACGUCGCCGCUAGCGCCGUGGAAUCUGGGCAUCCUGCCGCAGACGUGCGUGCUCGCGUCGCGAUGCAUGUUGAUGUUCUCCCGCUGGGAUGCGAAUGAUGGUGAUUCUGAUUCUGGCGGUUCGGACCGCUGCAAAAACGACCCCGGGUCGCCGGUUAAGGAGCUCCGCGAUUCGCUCUUAACGGCGUGCGACAACGCGCCGCUGGAGACGCUGGAGAUUGGGUCGCAGGCGCGCGACCCUGGCGACGCGUACGACGUUUUCCCUCUGCUGGCGAUGCCCCUGCGACUGCUGGGGUCUGGGCGAAACAGCAUGCCGAUUUCGUGGAGGAUUGUAACCAUCGCAGCGGACGACAAGCUAGUGGCGAGCGGGCAGGUGAAACUUUUCAUGCUGCGUAAAUUAUUGGAUCGAGUGCGCGCCUGGGCGAAAACAUCUGACUCCUUUGGAGAAAUCAUGGGACCAGGUCGCUCGCCUAGUCCCGACCCCGCACGCUGCGUCGCCAACUUCCCCUCCCCCCAGCCUGCGGAAGCAGAGGAAAGCGAGGCGCGGGGAAGGCUGCUCGGACUUCCAGACACCAAGACCCACCACAGGGGCAUCUCACGAUUUGAAGACAAAAACUCGACAAUUAAACGCGGGAAGCGAGGAAGCAAGGGGGCGGAGGAAGGGGUGGAGGAGGAGGAAUGGGAUGAGUUGAGGGAGGCAGAAGAAGCGGAGCAAGCAGCAGAGCAAGCGAGGGAGGCGGGGCAAACGGUGCUGUAUGCUCACAGCACGUGGCACAUCAUCUGCGCCUCUCUGCGCAAGCCUCUGGGAGCGGGAGGGAGGGGGAAAGGAGGGGAAGGGGGAGGAGGAGGGGGAGGGAUAAAAGGAGGUGUUGCAAAGAAAGAGGCGGGCAAGCAUAGGUACAGCCAAAGCUACGACUUCUCUUUUAUGAUGAAGAACGGAGACUGGCUUCAGAGCCCUGAGACUGCUGGUCGGGCGGUGGUUGGUGCUGCUACCAAGGGUGUAACAGCAGCGGCAGAAGCGGCAAAGCUUCAGAUUACUGGAGCAGCGGCGGUUACCAGUGCUGCUGUCGUUGCCAGCCUGAAUGCUGUAGCAGGCACUGUUACAGGGUCUGAAGAGGCGGAGGAGGAGGAGGAGGAGGAGGAGGAGGAGGAGGAGGAGGAGGAGGAGGAGGAGGAGGAGGAGGAGGAGGAGGAGGAGGAGGAGGGGGGGGGGGGGGAGGACCCUUCCUAUCAGUCCCCCAUCUCGGUCCCCUCCUCUCACUUCCUCAUCUCAACCCCGCUGUCUCACUUCCGCAUCUCGCCCCCCUCCUCUCACUAUCCCACCGCGAUCCCCUCGUAUCUCCCCCGCUCCUCGAUCCGCUCCUCCCCUUCCCCCUCAGUCCUUCACUUUCUCGCCAACUCCCAACUCGAACGCCCUGUACAAGCAUGGGCCUGCCUCCUCUUUUGA